GCGGGUUUCGUAACCGCCUGCCCCGCCGCGCACUGCUUGCUGCGGGCAGAGCAGGGCUCCGCUGUCGCCGUUGCGGCUGCUUCUCGGCUUCGCCGCUCCCUGCGCGGCGCCCGUCCACCGGCGAGCAGGACGGAGCCAGGCGUGAUGCUAGGUCCAGAUGCUUGGGAGACUAUUUCUUUCCACCACGGUAGAUCUGUUGUACCAUCGAUGACUGCAGCUUGUCCAGGUACUGAAAGGUUCCAGCUGAAGGUUUUCCUGCACUCUCCAUAACUGCUGCCCAUCCCUGACCUGAGAAGAAGUGGUGGCAAGGUGCUGCUUCUUGGCUGUAAGGUGCCAGGGUGAGGCUCAUUGUGAGGCCUGCUGUGCUUCCUCGCACCGGCCACCAUGGAGACCUUGUCCCAGGACUCUCUGCUGGAGUGCCAGAUUUGUUUCAACUACUACAGCCCGCGGCGGCGGCCCAAGCUGCUGGACUGCAAGCACACCUGCUGCUCUGUGUGCCUGCAGCAGAUGAGGACCAGCCAGAAGGACCUGCGUUGUCCCUGGUGCCGUGGGAUCACCAAGCUGCCACCAGGGUACUCUGUGUCGCAGCUGCCUGAUGACCCUGAGGUGAUCGCUGUCAUUGCAAUCCCCCACACCUCAGAGCACACCCCUGUCUUCAUCAAACUCCCCAGCAAUGGUUGCUACAUGCUGCCCUUGCCCCUCUCAAAGGAAAGGGCGCUGCUGCCAGGAGACAUUGGCUGCCGCCUCCUGCCUGCUGGCCAGCAGAAAUCCCUGGCAGUGGUGACAAUCCCACAGGAGCAGCAGCCACUUCAGGGUGGCCUUCCUGCUGAGGGGGCAGCAGAGGAGCCAGACCGAAGAGGCAUUGUGAAAAGCUCUACGUGGUCAGGGGUUUGCACUGUGAUUCUGGUGGCCUGCGUCCUGGUCUUUCUUCUGGGCAUUGUCCUCCACAACAUGUCCUGCAUUUCCAAGCGCUUCACAGUGAUCUCCUGCGGCUGAGGGGGGGAGGGAAGUGUGUGCUCUGGGUUGGGGCAGUGGUGGUGGUGGUAUGGAGCAAGACAAUUCACUGCAGCUUUGCCCAAUGACUGCAGAAUGCUGUGCCCCAGGGCAGCGGUGUACUGGCCCGACUGUGGCUCUCAGCAUUGCGGCAUCAGGCCUCGGCAGUGUGCAGAGAAAAUCAUGUCCCGUGUCUGGUGGCAGUGGCACCAAGGAGGACUGCAUGUGUCACCAUAAUCAUUUAUCAAAAGGACUGCAACUUAAUGUGAUUUUUUUUUGUUUGUUUUAUAUCAUGUGACAAGAUUAAAGACCUCUGUGUAGCUGGUUAUACUGUAAAGUAUACAGUAUGAGCUCUUCUCUAAACACAGUAGAUUAAAGCCAAAACUGCUCCAUGUAGAAUUAAAGAAUUGAUGCGUGACUGCUCUACAAGGUGUUCAGUACCACUCCACAUAUGCUUUAUUUUUUAAUGAGGGGAGGGAGACCAAAAAACCAAUAAAUCAUUUAGCUGCUGAGGCAUUUAAUAUAUUUUAAGUGGCACAUUAAUUAAACCAAGUUAGGGACUUGUAUGAUAGUUUUUAAGAGGAAACAUUUUACAAGCAGUUGCUUU